AUGGUGGAUGGUGAGGUAGGAUUUGGGUGGGUUGAUUUGGGUAGCGAUGGUUUGGGUGGCGUUGAUUCGGGUAACGUUAAUUUGGGUAGGGUUGAUUUGGGUAACGUUGGUUUUGGUAUCGUUGAUUUGGGUAACGAUAAUUUUCGCGGCUCAUAUAGAGGAGUGGCUGGCACCUCGGGCGGAUGCGGUGUUACGAUUCCUGAUAUUGCCUUUACGGAGGACUGCGAGACCCUACAAGACGACUACGAAACGCAGUUGGCAUGUGUCACAGUACCUUUCUUGAGUCGUAUGGUACAGAGUGGAGAGUUUUCGUUGGGCGAUGUGAUGAGGGCGAUGGAUUUCUCGGGAAAGAUGGAGAUGGGCAGGAAAGUCGUGGAGAUUAUUCCCAAAGAGCGGGUAGCGGUGUUCGCGUACAUGUUGGGCAUGUUUGUGAGGGCGGAUGCGGGUGGGUUUUGA